AUGAUGGAAAUCCGUCAGUGUGAGUCCGUCUCUGGGGCAAAUUCCUCCGUUUUGGUUCCGCCGUUGGUCCCAAAAUCCCGCGGCCCGUCACUCCCGGACGGUCGGCGAACACCGGGCGGACCACCGCGGACAACACCCACGCGAACCGCCAGCCGGUAUUACUGCAGACGAUGGCAUUCUGUCGGGGAACGCCUGCCGUCAUCGGAGGAGCCACAAGUUGCACGGCUCAUACCAAAAGCCGCGAAUGGCGGGAGCACCGCGUGGGGCGAAAAAAGUUCCAUCGCCGACUCGCCAUCGUCGUUUAACAUUGAGACUGUGAGUGAACCGGCCACACUUCACGGCGACCGCGCAAGUAUCGUCUUUGAGCUGGAGCCGGGUAUGGACUCCGGCAGCAAACGCCUUCAUAUGUCCGCACCCACCGGUUCAGAGGAUCACUUGCGGGGGACGCCGGACGCGAUGAAGGCGACACCACUGCCUGGUGUCUUGACUCCGCGUACAAUCCAGAGAUCCGCAAUGCCGAAUCCCGCCACGGCGACGACGAGGUCUUCUCCUUCACGGUCUCCUCCCAGCUUGCGCUUCCAUUUGGUUGAUCAUCCAGUGAUGUACGGCGACGAUGAUGACGCCGAUAGCCUUCCAUCGGCGUUGCCUCCACCGAAGCCGUAUCCCAUUGUGGAGGUUGCGGCCGCGUCGCAAUACGGCGUCAAUGGGACGAAAUUGAGGCUUUACGGAAAUGUAAUGAAUAACACCCUUGUUAGCCCGCGGGGCAGGAGUAACAUGCGUGGCACCCCUAACAUGUAUACAGAGGGUACCGUAGAAAAAGGAGUAAAACCUUACACUAGAUCUAUAGAAGUUGGGGCACCGUCACAAACGUUGGUAUCCGCCCCGUCCCCACCACCGUACAUGUUAAAUACACCUGUACAGUCCCUUUUGAAUGAGGUGAAUGCGUGGGUGGAUGUAAUACACAGCGUGGAGGACAAGAAUUGCUACAAAAUUUAUUUAGGGAGCACCGAGAAGGCUCUCCAUGACACACAGGGUGAGAUGAAGGCACUUGCAACGAAACACAAGUUGGUGAACAAGGAGCUUUACGCCGCCAAGGCCCGCCAUGUCGAAAGACUUGACGGCAAUCAGGCGAGGAAAAAGCCCGUCGCCCAAGUGAAGGAUGCGGAGAAUAAAGCAAACACCGCUUGGAAACGACAAAACGAAGAGGAAGAGGAAGUGGGAGAAGAAAAAGAGAUGACACGAGAGGAGGAAGAGUGGCGACUUGAAAAAGGCUUGCUUCUUGCAGAAAAGGCUCUCUUGUUGCAAAAGCGUAAGGAGUUGUGUUACCACCUGCGGCGUGGCACAAACAUUAAGAAUGUUGCCGCAUUGGCCCUCUCUGGGAGGAGCUCGUGGAGUAGGAGCGAUGGCUCUGCGAACGAUACUGUCAGUGAAAACACGGCACCCUCAGUAAGCGACCUUGAAACCAUUCAGCUGCGUCUUGAACUAAAAGAAGCCCAAGUGCAAUUGAUGAAGCUUGUCGACUCGCACCGAAUCCUGCAGGGUGCCCAGCGCACACGCACGAAGGAGUUUGAAGACGAGUUUGUUGUCCUGUAUCGCUCCGCCAAUUUGGCAAAGCAGGAAACGGAGGGUCACCGCGGCACUUUGGAGGCAACGCUUCGAAAAGCCGAGCAGUUGCUGGAGAAGUGUCAACAGAAGAAUGAAGAGUCGCUGCUCCUGCUCUUGGAACAGCGCGUGGAGGAGGCGCGAGCAGCACUGAGGCCGCGUGAUGACAAGUUAUUAACUAAUGACGGUUUUCGCUCACGGAUGCCAAGCAUCGGCCGGUGCUCAUCGACAGGCUCUACGGCACGUCGUGUGUCGGGUGCGUCAGUUUCUCCCGCUUUCGUGACGCCUAAAACGACGGCGAAGGCCGAACAAAACUCUCUGCGGGCGAACAUGCAAUGA